AUUACAGCGGACCCAGCCCGCCGCGACGAGCACAAAGUCACGGGGUAAUGAACUUCGGGGACCCUAUGCCGCUGAGAGAGCGGCUCUCCCGGGAAAUCAGGACCUGGCCGCCUGUUCCUUCGGAAGACUUCCCGGCAAUCUAGUUUUCCCACAACGCGCUCGGGUUUGGGCAGCGCCGAGCCCAUCUGCCUGAGACUGCGGUUGUGUUUUCCUUCUUUCUUUAGAAGACCAGCGGUCUGUAGAGAUCUGUCCACACUCUUCAUGCUUAAUGUAGAGGGAGAAACUGAAGACUGAGAGACAGGAAUGGGGAAAGAGAGGGAUUUUGCCAUUCUUGCUCCGUAGGAAGACCAUUUCCGUGUCUCCAUCUCUGUCCUUCAAUACCCCUCUCUUGUUCUCCCUUCUUUCGGUCUGCUUGUCCGCCUCUCCAUUUGUUUGUUCAUGCGUGUGUCCCUAUCAAGCAACAUUCCCAGCAGCUGCAGUUUUGCAAGAGCCGGGAAGAAACUUAAGGAUGCUUAAAUUUCCACUGUGGAACGAAUUCUGAGCUCCCGGGGAGCAGCGCAGAGCGCGAUCGACAUCCACCUGUCCAGCCCGGGAGCCUCGCAGGCUGGAGGGCGGCUGGAGAGUGGCGGAGCCCGGCGGCGAGGCGGACGCUGCCGGCCGGGACUCGAGCAGCGCCCACCAACCGCUCCGCCCGGGGACCGCAAGCAUGAGCAAGCCGGCCGGAUCAACAAGCCGCAUUUUAGAUAUCCCCUGUAAAGUGUGUGGCGACCGCAGCUCCGGGAAACACUACGGGGUCUACGCCUGCGACGGCUGCUCGGGUUUUUUCAAACGGAGUAUCCGAAGGAAUAGGACGUAUGUCUGCAAAUCUGGAAACCAGGGAGGCUGCCCGGUGGACAAGACGCACAGAAACCAGUGCAGGGCGUGUCGGCUCAAGAAGUGUUUGGAAGUCAACAUGAACAAAGAUGCUGUGCAGCAUGAACGGGGACCUCGGACGUCCACCAUCCGCAAGCAGGUGGCCCUCUACUUCCGUGGACACAAGGAAGAGAAUGGGGCAGCCGCACACUUCCCUUCUGCAGCGCUGCCCGCGCCGGCCUUCUUCACCACAGUCACGCAACUGGAGCCACAUGGCCUCGAGCUGGCCACGGUGUCCACCACCCCGGAAAGGCAGACCCUUGUGAGCCUGGCUCAGCCCACGCCCAAGCAUGGAUUUACUCCAGGACUGAGCCUCUACUGGCAGGGCCGGAGCCAGAACCACCUAAAAAAGCUGCCACCUAGGGACUACCCUUCAGGCUUCCAGCUGUACCCCCAUGAAGUAAAUGGGACCCCAAUGUAUCUCUAUGAAGUGGCCACAGAGUCAGUGUGUGAAUCAGCUGCCAGGCUUCUGUUUAUGAGUAUCAAGUGGGCUAAGAGUGUACCAGCUUUCUCCACCCUGUCUUUGCAAGACCAGCUGAUGCUUUUGGAAGAUGCUUGGAGAGAACUGUUUGUUCUAGGAAUAGCACAAUGGGCCAUUCCGGUUGAUGCUAACACUCUACUGGCUGUAUCUGGCAUGAAUGGUGACAACACAGAUUCCCAGAAGCUGAACAAGAUUAUAUCUGAAAUACAGGCUUUACAAGAGGUGGUGGCUCGGUUUAGGCAACUCCGGCUAGAUGCUACCGAAUUUGCCUGUCUAAAAUGCAUCGUCACUUUCAAAGCUGUUCCUACACACAGUGGUUCUGAACUGCGAAGUUUCCGGAAUGCUGCUGCCAUUGCAGCUCUUCAAGACGAGGCUCAGCUAACUCUCAACAGCUACAUCCACACCAGAUAUCCCACUCAGCCCUGUCGCUUUGGAAAACUUCUGCUGCUUUUGCCAGCUUUGCGUUCCAUUAGCCCAUCAACCAUAGAAGAAGUGUUUUUCAAAAAGACCAUCGGCAACGUGCCAAUUACAAGACUGCUUUCAGAUAUGUACAAAUCCAGUGAUAUCUAAGCCCUUCAAGUCCCUACUGUUCUGUAUGGGACAGUCCCCAUGGAGGACAAGCCUCAACUAACAAACCCUUCAGGAAACAUACAUCUGGGGAUGUGGAGCCUUCAGGAAAAAAAAGUCCAUUGACACAAAACAGUUCCAGGAGCUUUGACCUGCUGCCUCACCUAGGGUAGGGCAGCCUGAAAGGAAAGGGGGUAUAACAGGACCACCUGAGCAGAUAACGUGCUGCUGCUGUGCCCUGGGAGGGGACCAAAUUGAGGGUUGCCGUGGGCCAUGCCACUCUGCCUCUCACCUGGAAGAUCUCUCUGAACAUCAUAUGCUGAAACACAAGUAGAACUUUCUUUUCCUUUUUAGCACAUAAAGUUGGGUAACCAAAUACAGCUCUGUGCGUAACACCAUGCAGCAGCCCUUAGAACCAUCUUAUGGUGGAGACUUCAUUUUAAAAACAAUGGUUAGGUUGAAAAUCAAACGUUUUAUCAAAAGUUUCCAUUCUAUUGUAAUGCAUCAUUAAGUGACCUUCAGAACUGAGUUAAUAAGUGAAAGGUAGCUUAUGCCUUGAGAUUGGCUUUUUCGCUUUUUCCUUUCUCCUUUCUUUCGUUCUUCUUUUAAUACCGUAGGCCAGGCAACCUUGUCAGAAGAAUUGGUGGAUGAAAGUGAAAUUCUCACCAGGACUUCAGGUUGGAUAACAUCUCAAAAAUAGAAGAGCUUUACUAAAAGAACAGAAGGUGAGGGAGGAAGAAUAAAAACAGCAAAACCAAAUAAAGUAGAGGUGAGCGACUGAGUGAGGCAGGUUGCUGUCCCAUUGAAACAGUGCUGAAACCAAAGGCAGUGAGGGUCCAAGCUGAUGUUUCAGUGAGUCACACCACCCAGGAAACGAACACAGACGUGAUGCCGAAGGGACCUCAAGGAGGUGAGCACUACGCGGUUGCUCAGCUGAUCUACUGCUAACAGCCUGAGACUCUUAAAUGCCUUUCAGAACACUGGUUUCUAGUAAAGCCUUGACUGUGUGCAUUGUACACACACACCCCAUGCUACAUUACACGCUGCUCCUUUGGUAUGAACCUAUACUUAUGGAAAUGUAGAAACAAACAUUUUAAAAUAGCUGCUGUACUUUUCACAUUUUGAUUUAGUAGGUUCUAGCACUGAGGAAAAAUAUUCAGCACUUGAACUAUCAUAGG